AUGUCGAGAUAUAGUGGUUUGACAACUUAUGUCAAGCAUGGAGAAUUGAGAAAUGCUCAUCCUGUAGUUUGCUUCUCAUAUCAAGAGGAAAAGAGAAACCAUAAUAUAUUCUCUAAGGAUAACAAUGAUAAUCCUCUCAAGUUCAUAUUUCCAGUCCUCAUGCUUCAAAUCAUCUUGGCUUUCGUUUUAUCUCGGUUGAUUUACUUGCUUUUCAGGCCUUUGAGACAAUCAAAAUUUGUAUGCAAUGUUUUGGCAGGGAUUAUAUUAGGACCCUCUGUCUUGGGCCGCAACAAGAAAUUUAUGGAAACAUUUUAUCCAGCCAAAGAGAUGCAAGUGCUUAAUACAUUGGUGAAGUUUGGUGUAUCAUACUUCGUUUUUCUUACUGCUGUGAAAAGGGACACAGCUUCAUUGUUAAAGAUAGCCAGAAAUGCUUGGACCAUCGGUAUAUCUGGUUAUAUGAUUCCUGUAGCAAUCUCUUUUUUCUUCAAUUCUACUGUGGAAUAUCAUGUCACUGGAUGUUUUGGUCGUGGUUUCCCAUUUCCCUUAGUUGCAUGUCCUUUAACGCAGAGUUCUUUCCCUGUUGUUGCGAAUAACUUGGAAGAACAAGACCUUAUAACCACAGAGUUAGGCCAACUUGCAAUGUCAAUUGCCAUCCUCUCAGAGACCAUUACCAAUGUCAUUUCUAAUAUUUUUGUGGUCGUGAUAAUAUUUACUAGAAUCGGAAGUUAUUUGGCUGCGUUUCAAAUCAUGUUUCUCAUAUCAGCAGUGAUAUUGUUUGCAAUAUAUAUUGUAAGGCCAACGGUACUUCAAAUUAUCAAGAGAACUCCAGAAGGGAAAUCAGUGCAAGAGGUUUUUGUUGUAACAGUGCUAUUAUUGGCUUUAUUCAUGGCAUUAAUAGCUGAUAUUUUAUGGGGAGCCUUUAUUCCUGGUGCUGUGCUAAUUGGUUUAGCAGUACCAGAUGGACCUCCACUGGGUUCUACGAUAGUUGAGAAAUCAGAACUCAUAGUCACUGAAAUAUUUUUGCCUUUGUUUUAUAUUCAAAUUGGUUAUCUAACAGAUAUGUCAUCAGUAAAGGAUAUGAAUUCUUUUCUUGUAUUCUUGCUUAUCCUCAUGCUGUUGCAUUUGUCAAAGAUUUUGGGAAUCAUGUUGAUUUCAUUAUUUUUUGAUAUAAGAAUUAAAAAUGGUCUAUUGCUUGGAGUUGUUUUAAGCUUCAAAGGUGUAGAAGACUUUUCCUUUUAUGAGAGAUGGCAGCAAGACAAGCUUUUGGAUAAGCAGUGUUAUGCAACAAUAGUUCUAUUCUGCCUCUUCUUAAACAGUAUUGUAUGCCCUUUAGUAGAUAUUCUCUAUAAGCCUCAUGUUAGACUAACUACUACAUAUCAUCAUACUAAAGCACUGCGGUUGAGAACGCUCCAAUCAACUCCUAAAGACGUUGAAUUACGUGUUCUUUCAUGUGUUUACCAUGAAGAUAACGUCCAUGGCCUUAUUGCCUUAAUCAAAGCUUUCAAUCCGAAUAAAAACAGAGCAGUAUGUGCAUAUGUCACCCACCUUGUUGAGCUUGUUGGUCGAGCAGCUCCAUUACUGAUCCCUUACAACAAGCACCGAAGAAGAUUCAUACCCAAAAACUCACAUCACAUCAUGCGAGCUUUCAACAACUUUGCAACAGAUAAUAAUAAUUCAUCUGGUCCUAUCACAAUACAAUCAUUCAUCGCAAUUGCUCCCUACAAAAGCAUGCACAACAUCAUUUGCAACCUUGCACAAGAUAGACACAUUCCUUUGAUCAUUGUUCCAUUCAGUGGAAACCAAGAAGUUAACCGUGUACAAAACAGCAUAAGGAAUUUUAAUACUAUGCUGCAAGAACAAGCGUCUUGCACUGUUGGGAUAUUAAUAGAUAGGGGAUUAUGUCUUCGGAUGAUCAACUUGAAUCGCCACUUUAAGGUAGCGGUGCUCUUCAUAGGUGGUGCUGAUGAUCGUGAAGCCCUGGCACUAGCAAGCAGAAUGUCAGGGAGUCCUAAAGUGGGAAUCAACGUAUUCAAAAUUUGCUGCAAACAAGAAGAGGGAAAAGUAUGUGGGGUGGAGAAGCAAUUGGAUGAGAUAUCGUUGAAGGAAUUUAAGGAGAAAAAUGUGGGAAAUGCUUGUGUUGUUUGCUCUGAGAUGGUAGCCAACAAUAGCUUACAAAUGAUGGACGUGGUUCGAUCUUUGAGGAAAAAGUAUAAUCUUGUUAUAGUAGGCAAGAAUCUAAGAAGAACGCAAUUUGAGAAAGAGAUGAUGCAGUGGGUUGAGUAUCAAGAGCUAGGCUUGGUAGGUGAUGUGCUUGCUUCAUCAGACUUUUGUGAUAUUUCAGUGUUAGUGAUAAAACAUAGUGAGUUGGAUAAAAGCAAUAAUAAUUUUUGCCCUUCUUGCAGAGAAAAACUGAGAUAA